CGGUCCCGGCCCACGCUGGAAGGUCCUUAAGCCCGGGAGGCCCGCGGGAGCGGUGGAGACCCAUGGAGCCGCGGACGAUGGCGGGACAGACGGGGGCAGACACGGGUUUGGCCAAGCCCGGGGCCCUGUGCGCACAACAGGGCCACCGCACCUACGCUCGCCGCUGGGUGUUCCUGCUCAUGGUCAGCCUGGUCAGCUGCUCCAACGCCAUGCUGUGGCUCAGCUUUGCACCUGUGGCUGACAUCAUUGCCGAGCACUUCGUCCUGUCCAUGGCGCAGAUCAACUGGCUGUCACUGGUCUAUCUCGUGGUAUCCACCCUGUUUGGCGUGGUGGCCAUCUGGGUCCUGGACUCCGUCGGGCUCCGUGGGGCGACCAUCCUGGGCGCGUGGCUGAACUUUGCUGGAAGUGUGCUACGCAUCGUGCCCUGCGUGGUUGUUGGGACCCAAAACCCAUUUGCCUUCCUCAUGGGUGGCCAGAGCCUCUGUGCCCUUGCCCAGAGCCUGGUCAUCUUCUCUCCAGCCAAGGUGGCUGCCUUGUGGUUCCCACAGCACCAGCGAGCCACGGCCAACAUGCUCGCCACCAUAUCAAACCCCCUGGGCGUCCUUGUGGCCAACGUGCUGUCCCCUGCGCUGGUCAAGGAGGGUGAGGACAUUCCGUUAAUGCUCGGUGUCUACGCCAUCCCUGCCGGCGUUGUCUGCCUGCUGUCCACCAUCUGCCUCCGGGAGAGCGUGCCCCCCACCCCGCCCUCUGCCGGGGCUACCAGCUCCACCUCAGAGAAGUUCCUGGAUGGGCUCAAGCUGCUGGUGCAGAAUAAGGCCUAUGUCAUCCUGGCUGUGUGCUUCGGGGGAUGCCUCGGGAUCUCCUACAGCUUCUCAACCCUCCUGCAGCAGAUCCUCUGUGCAAGCGGCUACUCCAAUGGGUUUUCUGGCCUCUGUGGAGCUCUCUUCAUCGCAUUUGGGAUCCUGGGGGCGCUGGCUCUCAGCCCCUACGUGGACCGGACCAAGCACUUCACUGAGGCCACCAAGAUCGGCCUGUGCCUGGUCUCUCUGGCCUGCAUGGCCUUUGCCCUGGUGUCCCUGCUGCAGGGACAGAUGUUUGCCUUGGCCACCACCUGCUCGCUCCUUGGGCUCUUUGGCUUCUCGGUGACCCCCGUGGCCAUGGAGUUGGCAGUCGAGUGUUCCUUCCCCGUGGGGGAGGGGGCUGCCGUAGGCCUGAUCUUUGUGCUGGGGCAGGCCGAGGGAAUACUCAUCACGCUGGCGAUGAUAGCACUGACUGUGCAAUGCCUGGAGCAGUCCUUCUCCACCUGCCAGCAGGGGGAGGAUCCACUUGACUGGACAGCUGCAUCCUGGUACUCUUCUUCCACACCUCAUACCGGCGCCUGCAGGCAGAGUCUGGCAAGUCCUCCUCCACCCAGAAUGCGUGCCCAGGCGCCAAGGACCAGGAGUCCCCGCCGUAAACUACCCCUUGAGGCCCCAGCAUGGCACUCCCAGCUUGGAAGCUCAGGGCCAGCUCAUUCCUGGAGCCGCUUCUCUGGGCCCUGCCUCCUCCUCCCAGAGCCCCAAGACGCAGAGACUGACCAGGGACGUGUGGUGAAGGGGAGGCAGGAUCGGGUCACCCGGGCUGUGCCCACCACGCCAGACAGCUGGGCGCAGGGACCCAAGGCGUUCGGCGCACUAAGGGCCUGCGGAGAGCCCCUGGGCCCGAGACUGAUGCGAGGCUGAGAGAGAGGGCUACUGCUGUGUGGACCUGGACCAGGCAGGACGGCCGUGGGCGGUGCAGACUCAAGGUGGGGUGUGGACUGAGGGGGAGCGGGAAGGGCUGGGGUCCUGAGGCCCAGCAGGGCGACUCCGGAGUGCAGGGCGGGGGGCCUCGCUAGAGGACCCCAGAGGGCCCCAGAGCCCCCACCCUGUCUGCUGCCGAGCGACUCCUCGCGCGCAGGGCCCAGCAGCCACGGACGCGCCCUCCCGCCCCGGCGGACUCGCAGGCAGGAUCCUAGCGUCCAGGUUUAUUGACCAGGCCGGGCCUCACUCCUCCUUUUCCUCCCCGUGGGUGAUCACGUAGCUCAGCGCCUUGUAGUCCAGGUUGCCCGCGGCAUCGAUGGAGGCGAACUGGAACAUCUGGUCCACCUGCGGGCGGGGGCGAAAGGGCCCCCUGCGGGCUCCGGGAGCGAAAUACAAACGCGCACCUGCA